UGAACCAGACAUUGUUGGAGAGAGCACGGUGCAUGCUCUCUAAUGCUGGACUAGAGAGAUGAUUAUGGGCAGAAGUAGUGAACAUGGCGUGCUUCCCGAUCAACUGUGGACCUCACACAUGUAUCGAGUUUAAGACUCCUUAUGAAGUGUGGUAUGGUAAGCUUGCUGAUUACUCUUCAUUGAUAGUUUUUGGGUUUCAUGUUUAUUAUCAUGUGGAUGAGGGUAAACUGAACCCAAGGGCAAAGAAUGGUGUAUUUGUGGGUUACGGAGAUGGAGUUAAGGGAUUUCGAGUUUGGUCACCUUCUGAGCAUCGAGUUAUACUCAGUAGAAAUGUGAUAUUUGAUGAGAAGUCUAUGUUUAACCCCAUGUUGAAGGUUACUGUUGUUGAAGGUAGCAGGAAUGUUGCUAAGCAGGUGGAGCUGCAAACUCUCAAUGAGAGUGAGCACCAAGGUGGAGAAGAUCAACAUGAGGGUGUUUCUACAAAGCCAGAAACUUCAAAGUACAGUGCAGGAGCUCAACAGUCUAUAGCUUCCGGUAGACCAAAGAGAGCGACUGCAAGAGUACCUCCAGAGAGGUAUGGUUUCGAGGACAUGAUGGCGUAUUCAUUUCAAGUUGCUGAAGAAGUGGAUGCAGGUGAGCCACAGUCCUAUAAAGAAGGCAUUUUAGGUGUGGAAGCUGAUCAUUGGCUUGCCGCAAUGAGAGAUGAGAUGGAAUCCCCUGACAGGAAUCAGACUUGGGAGCUAGUCAAACGACCACAGGGAAGGAAGAUUGUUAAAAACAAGUGGAUCUACAAGAAGAAGGAAGGAAUCACUUCUAAAGAGGGCAGGAAAUUUAAAUGCUCGGUUGGUUGCACGAGGUUUCUCGCAGAGGGAAGGAGUUGACUACAAUGAGAUUUUCUCACCAGUGGUCAGACAUACUUCGAUCAGAGUGCUACUAGCAAUAGUGGCACAUUAUGACUUGGAGCUCGAGCAGCUAGACGUGAAGACAGCUUUCCUACAUGGAGAGUUGGAGGAAGAAAUUUAUAUGACUCAA